ACUUCUCGAAAUCACCACCAUCACCACCAUCACCACUGUUAGUCCUCGCGAAAACAAAAAGAAAAGAGAGAAAUGACAACCGUCCAAUCAAUCUCUUCAUCUUCACAGCUCUCCACCAUAAUCGCCAAAAAUGCCGUCGUAAUCAUAGACUGUGCUUCCCUCCCGCCCCUCUCCCAUCUUCCCCCUUACUCAACCAACUGACAAAAGUCUAGUCACCGCAACCUGGUGCGGCCCCUGCAAAGCCAUAUCCCCAGUCUUCGAAGACCUGGCCACCAAGCAUGCAAAAACUCCCAACCUGGCCUUCGCCAAAUGCGACGUAGACGCCUGCUCGGACAUCUCACGGGAAUACUCAGUUCGCGCGAUGCCGACCUUCGUGGUUCUGCAGCGCGGUAGUGAGGUCGAUCGCAUCAUGGGCGCUGAUCGCGGGGCUUUGACGGCGACUGUGGAGAAGUGGGCUGGCGCCGCCGGUGGCGCUGGAGGGGGGUUUGGAAAGGGGUAUAAGCUGGGGAAUGAUCCGGCGCUUGUAGUUCCGCCACCUGGAGGAGGAGGGGGGCCUUCAGCGGUGGGAGAGGCAGUGAAGUACGUUCUUGAUGGGCGGGUUAUCGAUAGUUUGCCGAUCGGAGCGUGGGCUAGAGGUAUGCUUAGGACUGUUAUUGUCUUUUUGGGGUUGUAUUUUACCUCUUUGUUUUCUGUGAGUAUCAUAAUCUCUCUGUUUCUUUUCUUAGGGAGGCUAAUGUGCAUGGCGCGUUAGUUUGACGCCAUCCCUGCUGCUGAAAACUCCAUGUUUGCGAAUUACGGAAAACCCAGGGAGCAGCAGAAGAAGCGUGCUCCUGGAGGCUUCGGCGGAGCUGGGCGCCCGGGUGGACCUCCACCUCCCCCUGGCCCGCCGGGUUCCGGCUCUGGGAAGAAGCUUGGCACGGUGGAUGGCAUUAGGGGCUCGGGCGGAUGCAGUGAUGGUAGCUGUGGUUAAACAUUGCCCAUCAUAUUGUAUCAUCUCUAGGAAGCUUGUAGGAUGCUAUCGGAUACAUCCGGAUUUCUUGUUCUUUUAGGCCUUUACUUUGCCAGUUGACCCUUGUACUUUUUUUUUUCUUUUUUUUUCACAACGAACCACUUUAUCCUUCUCGUUCACAGAAUACCUUUUUUUUCAAUUGUGAUAUGAUACCAUUUCGCGAUCCAUCGACAUGGACCAAACCUCCCCAAUCCUUUAUUCCUAAAGCUUACCGUAACCACAAUCACAAAUUACCACACCUGCCAAAAACCCAAUCAAUCAAUUCAACCCAACCCGGUAAACCAAUCGGUUCUAAAAAAGUAGAGAAAAAAACCCCCAACCUACCCGCUGAUGGCUCCCGGACAGCCCCGAAAUCGGGCAUCAAGGUUUCCAGAGUUGGAGUUUUCCCGACACACACGACAUGGUACCGGUAUCGGUGGGGGUGUUUGUUGGAUUAGGUGGGCCAUAGUUCUAACGAUGACUGGUAUUGGUCUUUUACGGUAUUCGAUUUGGCCGGACUGGGGGGUCGAUUGAUUUGCGGCGGUGGUCUGGGUGAGCAUUUUGUGGUGUUGCGGGUGUCGGGUUGGUGGUCGGAUUCUGCCAUGAUAUGAACGGCGGGGGGGGGGGGGGGGGGACAUGCUGGAUUUUGGGUAUCGCGCUGCACGGUGCAUUGAUUGGUGCCGCUCAUCGUCACUGCUAGUCUUGCGGUGUCAUGGUAUAAUAAUGGGCUUUAGCUUUAGCCCUUGCUGAGAUACGCUGCGAUAAAUGGGUAAAAGCAAAGUCACGACUUAAAAAACAUCACGCAUGGGUGUAUCCACCCGAUUAACCAUUAAUCAAUCGUUUGAUCGAUUUGAAAAAAAAAAAGAGAAAAAAAGAAAUAGUGUUCAGGAUGAAGCCCGAUAGACAUGACAGGAGAAAAACGGGGUUGAAAAGGGGGAAAACCAAACCCAGCCCAAAAUUGACAAGCAGCAUAGUACAAGGAAGGAAAUAGAGGAAGGAACGAACACCCGCCCCACCGUCGAGAAUUACCGUCCCAUCCGUCAAACUUUGGGAACCAAGUUCUCAUCGUUCGGGAUCGCAAUGGUAGGGGUGGCAUGGUCGAUUGCGGGAGCCUCGGUGCCGCCCAUGGAGGUAUCGCCAUCACCAUCGUUGGUGGUCGUGGGUGCCGGAGCUGAAGACGCAGAUGUUGCUACCGCUUUGACCUUCUUCUUCCCCUUCCCGGGAGUGCUGAUGCCGACGGCACCCUUGGCCUUUUUCAGCUUCUUCCCGGAAACGUCCUUCUUCUUGCCCAGUCCCUUUUUCUUUCCCUUGGGUCCCUUCUUUUUCUCCGGAGCCGGCACCGCCGGCAUCACGAGCUGAACAACUUCCUGGACUUCAGCAGCAGUAGCUGGAGGGACUGGCGGCGCUUCCACAACCGACGCAGGGUCGAUCAAGAUCGCCCCGGCCUCGGUAGCACCUUCGGUAUUCCCUUCGGCGGCGAAGGUCACGGUCUUCCGGUAGCCUGGUCUUCU